AUGCUAAAUGCUAAAUGCUAAAUGCUAGGCUAGCAAAGGCCAAAACUCACGAGAGUAAGGAAGAAAGAUAAAUAAAAAGGCAGUUGGCUAAUCGCAUGUUUGCUUCACGCAAGCAGCUAAAUGGGGUUUGCUUCAUCGCGUGGCUUUAAAGACUUCAUUUAGUGUUUAAAACUCCCCCCCCUUCUUAGCUUCCUCCACUAAACAAAUAUUAUUCAUCUACUAUAUUCAUAUACUUCUACUACAACAUACAUAAAUAUAUAAAAUUAAAUAACCAACAAAAAAAAGAAAUUAAUACCAACAAAUACCACCAACCAAACCCUAGUAAUAAGGCAUACUCUUUUUAAUUUCUCCUCUACAAGCCCCUUCAAAUUAUGUUCCAAAAGAGGUGAAUAUUUGUCCAAGAAAAUGAGCUCAAAUCCUAGUAGUAGCACCGGUGGUACUGUUACCGCCACGGUUGGAGGAGUUGGUGGUGGGACUAGUGGAAGUACUAGUAGUGGAGGCGGAGGCGGUGGAGGAGGUGGUGGUGGUGGUGGAAGUGGAGGAGGACCAUGUGGUGCUUGUAAAUUCUUGAGAAGGAAGUGUGUUGCUAAUUGCAUUUUUGCACCUUAUUUUGAUUCUGAACAAGGUGCUGCCCAUUUUGCAGCUGUUCACAAAGUGUUUGGAGCUAGCAAUGUUUCGAAACUCCUCCUUCAUAUUCCUGUCCACAAGAGGCUUGAUGCAGUUGUUACCAUUUGUUAUGAAGCUCAAGCGAGGCUCCGAGACCCCGUCUACGGUUGCGUUGCUCACAUCUUCGCUCUUCAGCAACAGGUAGUGAAUUUACAAGCGGAGCUCUCAUACUUACAAGCCCACCUAGCAACUUUGGAGCUUCCAACACCACCACCACCUCCACCUCCACAACAACCUCCGACGAUGCUCCAACAGCCAGCACUCACCAUAGCAGACUUGCCAACAGCAGGUUCCUCAUUGCCAGCAGCCUAUGAUUUAUCCUCACUUUUUGACCCAAUGGUUCAACCCUCGUGGGCAAUGCAGCAGCAGUCUAGACCGCUGCCCCCGCCCCCUAUGGAGCCGCGCCAAUUUGUUGGCAGUACUAGACCUCCAGUGGACAUGUCACCAUCCACCUCAGGCGGGGGCAGCGGCGAUCUUCAAGAAUUGGCUCGUGAACUUCUGCAUCGACAUGGAUCCCCAACAGUGCCAUGCACAGAACCAUCAGCUUUGCCACCACCACAGACCAAGUGAGAGACACUUUAUUCAAAAGUACUGACUUAUGAUAUGUUAAAUAGUGGUACUCAUGAGAUAUAUUUUUCUAAAAAAAAAAGAAGGUUUCGAUUUUAUUUAAUCAAAAAAAGAAAAAAAUACUUAGGUAAAGUCAUUUCCAUGACUACCCAUGGGAAAAAAAUAUCUUUAAUUUUCACCCGAUUUGUAAUUUUUCUUGAUCCUUCCCCUUUUUGUUUAUUGUACUUUUUUGGAUUAAUACUAAUUACAUUCAAUAUUAGUUAUAGAU